CGAGCGAGAGAGGGAGAGAUAGAGAGAGACUCGCACACCCCCGUUGGGUGUGUAUACUGUAUGUGAGCGCAACGGAGCGCAGUAUUCGUACAGGCUCAAGGCGCAGAACAGAACACUUGGUACCGCAAAGAAAAAAAUAAACAAGGAUACAACCGAACCGAUCACGGAUCUAUAAUCACAGGUCAACGGUGGGUUCGGCUUUUCAUCUGCGACGUUUCCUGUAGACCCGCUGCCACAGACGAUUCAUCUCUAUGCUCCAGCAUCUUGACAGACUGAUUUAUAUAUGUAUUAUAAAGAGCUACCGGGCGCCGUGUUUUAAUUCCCUGCUGCUAUCUUUAUCUCCUGCGUCUGUGUUUGGACUAUUAUUUGUUUUAUUGACUCUUCCAUCAAGGCUUCGUGGUGCUGGCAACGGUAAGCCUAAUACACAUACAGCCUAAUAAAUACGAGCUGCAGUGGAGGACGGGUUUCCCUGGGAAACGUUUGGAUAUACGUGUGAUAGUAGGGGACCCAAACAGCAUCACUUGUUUCAACUGCAUCUUCAUUUAACAUUGAAUCCAUCCAAUGGCAGUAUUUUAUUCUUGACAUUUCCACAUAGAAGUCAUUUUUCACUCAGAGUUGGGUUUCAGUACCAUCCGGCUAUAAUGUAGACGCACACGUUUAUACGGUCACCAUCAGUGUUAAUUUACUGAGUAUUAAUUUUGGGAUCAAACCAGGGCCUUCUUGCGAUUUUUUGUUCACCAAAAUGCCGGCUGGAAUGAAGCCUCUUGAAAAAUUCUUGAAAAAGCAGACCAAUGCGCUCACACGGGCAGGCGGUUUCGGGGAGAAGGCCACGGGAACCGGGGCUUCGAGGCGGCGGGCCAGCUUGUCCCGUGUGGUGCCGUUCUUUAGGGAGACGUCUCCCGAGAGCGGUCCGGCCAGGGAGGUGUUCAGCCCGGAGACCGAAGAACCGCCGUGCUGGCCCUCUGCCACAGCGGACAUCAGGAGCCCGUCGCUGUCCAGCGAUGAGCAGAGCUCAGAGGCGAGCCUGGACACGAAUUGGACCCCACUACCCGCGGACACACCGGACAAUUUAGCGCUGGCGCUGAUCGACAGUGUGGCGGGAAAGCGGUACGCCAACUGCACAGAAAUACUCCUGGAUGACUUCAUGCUGACACACCCCAUCUUCUUGGCCUCAGACAAGUUUCAGCAGGUCUUGCUUCAGCAAUUCAGUUCCGAGGGUAAGCAGGGUGAGGGCUGGCCUGGCUGGGAUGGAGCGGAGCGCAAACUUGCGGUUCUGACCGUGGCCUUCCGCUAUCUGGACACAUACAGAGACUUACUACAGGAGGAGGGAGAGCGGUCCAAUACAUUUCCAAAGGAACUGUAUCUGUGCGCUGUUCAAGAUCUCAGCCGCUUCCCUGAAUUGGUGGAGGACGUUUUGAAGCUUCAGCGCUGGAGCGAGAUAUUACACAGCCCGGCAGAGGAGGACAAGGAGAGCCGUAGAAAGCAAGUUCGUCCACUCUUCCGACACUUCAGACGUAUUGAUGCCUGCCUUCAGCCCCGAGAGGCUUUCCGCGGCUCCGAUGAGAUCUUCUGCAGGGUUUACACACCAGAUCACUCAUACGUCACCAUUCGCAGUCGUCUAUCAUGUCGUGUCGGGGAGAUCUUGGCUCUGGUGAGAGAGAAGCUCCAGUAUAGCGAAGACCAGCCCACCCAAACUGCCAAUCUCAUACUGGUAGCCGUCACCUCAUCCGGGGAGAAGGCCGUGUUUCGUCCCAGCGACGAGGCUGUUUUCACAACUCUGGGUGUUAACACCCACCUGUUCGCCUGUGAACCCUCAGAGCUGGAGAGCUUGAUACCACUCCCGGAGGAGAUCCACUGGUCACCGGGUGACAGUAAACUUCAUGACAUGAGCGCAGAGGAGGUGGCCAAUCAGCUGGUGGUGUUCGACUGGGAGAUGUUCAGCUGUGUGCAUGAGGUGGAGUUUGUGUCUUACGUGUUUCAUGGGGAACAGGCUCGCUGGCGCCCCCUCAACCUGGAACUGAUACUGCAGCGGUGCAGUGAGGUGCAGCACUGGGUCGCCACGGAGAUCCUGCAGUGCCAGUCGCUACCAAAGAGGAUACAGCUGCUGCGCAAGUUCAUAAAGAUUGCAGCCUUAUGUAAACAGCAGCAGGAUCUGCUGUCUUUUCUGGCUUUGGUUUUGGGUUUGGAUAAUCCUGCAGUCAGUCGCCUACGCUUGACCUGGGAAGGUUUGCCAGGAAAGUUUCGGAAGCAGUUUCAGCAGUUCGAGAGCAUUGCGGACCCAUCCAGGAACCACAAGUCAUACAGAGACCUUCUAGCAAGCCUGAGAGCUCCUCUCAUACCUUUCACUCCACUGCUGCUAAAAGAUUUGACCUUCCUCCAUGAGAGCUGUAAGACUUUCCAUGGGGAACUGGUUAAUUUUGAAAAAAUGCACAAAGUGGCCGAGAUGGUUCGAAGCAUCAGGCGGUUUAGGAGCAGUCAGCUAGCAUUGGAGGCCGAGCCCUCCCCCUCUUACCUCCAGACAAAAGCGUACGUGAGGCAGCUGCAGGUCAUCGACAAUCAGAACCUGCUGUUCGAGAUGUCCAGCAAGCUGGAACCAAAAGACAUGUGAAGCUGACCUACAAGCCAUAUCUACACGACAUCUUGUUCUCUUCAAUAAACCCCAGACACACCCCAUUCUUCAUAAUCACAGAUCAACCCAGCUGGGCUGUCAAUCAUCUCACGUUUACCCAGGAGAACGUUUCAUGAAAAUGGUGUGAAUUGUGAUUCGAAGUGAAUGUGUGUCAAUGUAAAGUAUCACCACACGUGGAGAUUUUUUGCCAUUUUCUGCUGUUUUGCCAUUCUCAGCUGAGGGGAAACUCGUUCGAUUGCACUGCCAUCAGUUGAACUGAACCAAACUGACACCCAACUGGGUCACCAGGUUAAAAAUAGCUAAUAUUUGAACUUUUAAUCCGGAACAGACCGAUUUGACCAUACAGCUCUUAUCCCAGACAUCCCUUAAAACAUUAGACAAUCUGACCUCGUGAAUUUCGACCUUUGGUCUUCCCACCUACCCCUGGCACUUAUUUCAACCCUCAUGUUCUGUACAUAUAAUGGAUCCCCAGCCAUCAAAAGAGUCCAAAAUCCAAGACCAGCUUAUACGUACAGAAUCUUCUCAUGGCGUACAUGUAAAUAAGUCUGAAGAGAUUCAUCUGAAGACUACACGACACCCACAAAAGCCAAAUAUCAUUAUUAGUCACUCUUAUAUUGAUUAAAAACCAAAAUAAUGACCAAAUGCAGUAUUUCAGCUUCUUCACAACCUUUCAUGAUUUAUAAACCCAACCCAAACUUUACAGUCAAGCACUUUGUCCCAGUACACCCCGGCAAUAAUUUAUUUUUAUUUUUUUGAAUUAUCAUAAGCUAAAAAGACUAAAUGGCCUCUGUACGGAUCGACUUGUCUUGGAUUGGACUCUCUCAAGAUCUCAUCCCGAGGUCAUACAAGAGAAUGCCUGUAAGGCUUCACUGUACAUGCGUCUUGUAAAUAGCAAAAUAAAUAUUAAUAUGACUCUAUUUUAUGUAAGAGCUAUGAGAAGGACUCUCAAGAAGAAUAUUUGUUUUGUAAAUCGAAGAAAAAACGUACGUGUACAGUUUAAAAGAUGACGACCCAGACAGAGUCUGAGGUUUAAGAUGAAAGAAUUGUAUAGUAUAUUUGCUGUUUGCGUUGUUUCGUUUUGAUAUCAUUUUUUUAUCCUUUACAUACGACUUGUACAUAUAUCCUCUGUUUCGGUUGCAUCGUUUUGUUUUGCGUUGUUUGCAAUGGAUAAAUUGUACAGCAUGUAGGUGGUUUAGUUGGAUUCUGCUGUUUUUAUUAGUUGACUUGUUUUAGUUGAAUCUUUUUAAAGCGGGUAUUCCAUGUUGUUUUUGGUUUUGUACAGAAGUCCGUGUUUACAGUGCGAUUCUCUGAAACUCAGACAUGUCCGAUGAAAGACAAGAGGACGGGGCAGAAGAUGCUGCCCCGCCCACUUUCUUAAUAUGCGACAAAGAUGCAUCUAAAAUAAAGCCUCUUGUGAUGAGCAACUGAU